AUGUCUGAACUCCCACAAAAUCCAAUCAUCAUUGUUGGUGGUGGUCUUGCUGGUCUAUCAGCUGCUCAUCAAGCUUACUUACGUGGUGCCAAUGUUGUUCUUAUUGAUAAGCAGGGUUUUCUUUCCGGUAAUAGUGGUAAAGCUACUUCCGGUAUCAAUGGUGCAUUAACACGUACCCAAGUGAAUCUCAAUAUCAAGGAUUCAGUAGAACAGUUUUACCAGGACACGCUAAAGACGGCUAAGGAUCGAGCCAAUCCUGAUUUGAUAAAAGUUCUCACUUACCAAUCUGCUGACGCAGUUCACUGGCUUCAGGAAGUAUUUGGGUUAGACCUCUCUGUUGUCUCUCGAUUAGGUGGACAUUCGCAACCUAGAACACAUCGUGGCCACGACUCGAAAUUCCCCGGUAUGGCCAUAACUUACAAGUUAUUGGAAAAGUUGGAGAGUUUGAGCGAGGAUGAGCCUGAACGUGUUGCGAUCUUGAAAAAUUGUCAGGUGGUUGACUUGAUUAAGGCUGAUGGAGAAGAUACCAAAGUUGUUGGUGUAAAGUACAAGAAUUUACAAGACAAGACAAAGUCGGAUGUAUAUGGACCAGUGAUUAUGGCAACAGGUGGAUAUGCUGCAGAUUUCACAAAGAAUAGUUUGUUGCGUAAGUAUAGACCGGAUAUCAUUGAUUUGCCUACUACUAAUGGUAACCAUGCUACAGGUGAUGGCCAAAAGAUUAUUAUGAAAAACCACGGUGUUGGAAUUGAUAUGGAUAAAGUUCAGGUGCACCCCACUGGGUUAAUUGAUUACCACGACAAGGAUGUGAUUGCCGGGAAGAAACAACCAAGAUUCUUAUUUCUAGGUGCAGAAGCAUUGCGAGGUGAAGGUGGAAUAAUGUUGAAUGGUAAAGGUGAAAGAUUUGUUGAUGAAUUGGGAACAAGGGAUUGGGUCUCUGGCGAGAUGGAGAAACAAAACAAGGCUGGAAAUGGACCUAUUAGGUUGGUUUUGAGCGAAGAAUCUGAAAAGAAUUUGGCAUUCCAUAUCAAACACUACACACAAAGAAAUCUUAUGAGAACAGUUACUGGUAAGCAAUUGUGCGAAGAGAUUGGGUGUAGCGAAGAUGACUUGAAGAGUCAAUUAGAUACAUAUAAUAAGGCAGCAAAGGGUGAGAUUGAGGAUCCAUUUGGCAAAAAGUAUUUUCCAGCAACACCGUUUGAGUACAAGUCAGAUGGCAAGUACCAUGUCUCGUUUAUUACACGUGUUUUGCAUUUCACUAUGGGUGGAGUGAAGAUCAACGAUAAGGCACAAGUCUUGACCGAUAAAGAAGACGGUGAGCCAUUUGAAGGGUUGUAUGCCGCUGGUGAAGUUGCUGGAGGUGUUCACGGCCACAAUAGAUUGGGUGGUUCUUCUCUUUUGGCGUGUGUUGUUUACGGUAGACUUUCUGCAGAUCAAGCUUCUAGUUAUGCUUUGCAUAAAUUAAGUACCAGUGGUGGUAUUGGAGGCAAUGGAGUCAGCCAAAGCAGUGCUAAUAACAGAUUAAAUAUGAUCAAUUUACACAUUGACCCACAAAAUGGCAAAAUUAUUAUCGAUAUGAAUAACGAAGGAUCAGGUGAUAAGCUGGCUUUAUCAGAAGCUAAGUCUGACUCAAAAACUACGAGCAAAGAUUCUAAUUCCAACCAGAAAAAGGAAAGCUCCAAGAAAGGUAGUGCAUCGGCUUUUGCGAUUCCUGAUAAGGAAUUUACUCCAGAAGAAGUAGCUAAGCAUAACAAGCCUGACGAUUGUUGGUGUAUAAUCCAGAAUGUUGUUGUUGAUUUGUCUUCUUUCCUUGAGAGUCACCCUGGUGGUGCACAGUCAAUCCUCAACUUUGCCGGAAGAGAUGCAACAGAGAGUUUUGAGAUGUUGCAUGAAGACAAUUUUAUUCCAAAGUAUGUACCUAAAUCAGUUCUUGGUGUGAUAAAGGGCACAAAGUCAAAAUUGGACUUGUAG